AUAUCCGAUAGAACUUGCGAUAACGUUUUCUCCGCCGAGAAGCCUGCGCGUUCAUUGGUUCCUGCUGCUCGUGACGUUUCCUCCGCCGCCUUGCGAUUGGACGAUCCCUCCGCCUGUCGCAGUGACUGACAUCUCCGGAGCCAUAGUCUCCUCCCUGGAGCAGCAGACGCUAUUUGAGUGGAAACCAGCGGAUUGUUGUACAUAGAGCCGGUUUAGCGUCGUCAAUGGGAAGCACACGAGACGGUAGCAAAACGAGUUACGGUCUAGAUUGAUACCCGCGUCUGCACCAUGCUGUCCACGUCUGUUCCGUGUCUGUGGAUUACACUCGGCCUGCAUUUAUGCUGUUAUAUAGACAGCGGGGAAGCGCAGAACGCGAAGGAAGUGAUUCUGUUGGACUCCAAGGCACAGCAGACAGAACUGGAGUGGAUCUCCUAUCCUCCCAAUGGGUGGGAAGAGAUCAGUGGUUUGGAUGAGAACUACACACCUAUUCGCACUUACCAGGUUUGCCAAGUCAUGGAGCCCAAUCAGAAUAACUGGCUUCGGACUAACUGGAUAGAGAAGGGCGAUGCCCAGAGAAUCUUUGUGGAACUGAAGUUUACGCUGAGGGAUUGUAACAGCCUGCCUGGUGUGGUGGGCACAUGCAAGGAGACGUUCAAUUUGUACUACCAAGAAACCGAUUCUGAGGUGGGCAGGAGCUUACGGGAGAACCAGUAUGUGAAAAUAGACACAAUCGCUGCAGAUGAAAGCUUCACCCAAGGUGAUCUGGGCGAGAGAAAGAUGAAGCUGAAUACAGAAGUGCGCAUAAUUGGCCCAUUGUCCAGGCGAGGGUUCUACCUGGCCUUCCAGGACGUUGGGGCUUGCAUAGCGCUGGUCUCUGUUAAAGUUUAUUACAAAAAGUGUUGGUCUAUCAUCGAGAACCUGGCUACCUUCCCGGACACCGUCACAGGAUCGGAGUUCUCCUCCCUGGUGGAGGUCGAGGGCGUGUGCGUGAACGAUGCAGAGGAGGAGGCCGACAACUCUCCCAAAAUGCACUGCAGCGCCGAGGGGGAAUGGCUGGUGCCUAUUGGGAAAUGUAUAUGCAAAGCUGGGUUUCAUCAGAAAGGAGACGCAUGCGAACCAUGCGGCCGGGGUUUCUACAAGUCGUCCUCACAGGAUCUCCAGUGCUCUCGCUGCCCGGCGCACAGCUUCAACGACCGCGAGGGCUCGUGGCGCUGCGACUGUGAGGACGGCUACUAUCGAGCGCUCUCCGAUCCUCCGUCUGUGGCCUGCACAAGACCUCCCUCUGCACCACAGGACCUCCUUUACAAAAUCAACCAGACCACCGUCGGCCUGGAGUGGACCCCGCCAGCCGACACAGGGGGCCGCAGUGACGUCACCUACAGGGUCAUAUGCCGACGCUGCAGCUGGGAGCCCGAGGAGUGCGUUCCCUGUGGGCCCAAUGUGGAAUACUCUCCCGCACAGUCAGGAUUAGUGGACACUUAUGUGGCCAUCCUGGACCUGCUUGCUCACGCCAACUACACUUUUGAGGUGGAGGCUGUCAACGGGGUGUCGGACCUGAGCCGCACGCAGCGGCUCUUUGCAGCAGUCAGCAUUGCUACUGGUCAAGCAGCCGCACGGCGUCUGGCUGGAGGCCUGUCUGGAGUGUCUGGCCCGAGUGUUACUCAUCACGAGUACGGCUGCCAGCAUCAGGCCGUCCCCUUGAUUACAGGGCUGCUGCUGAGUCAAAGGCUGGGCAUUCCAGGCUUAUCCCUUAUCACCAGGUGCAUUUACUCUGGCUAUGCACUGCUCGAUUUCCUGCAGAUCCACUCAAUUGACUCGAGCCGAGUGUGCAGUCAAAUGAGCUCCGUGCUUCUUAUGUAGGGCCGUUAUCACCAUCCAGUUUCUGUUUUCACAAGCAGAAUGACGUGUUGCUAGGCGGAGCUUGGAAAGGAUUUUAUGCAUCAUUGUGAGACUGGAAGAUGAUCAUAUUCUGUACUGUACCUCUUGGAUGGAAUCUAAACAUCUAACAUCAAGGGGAUCAGGACUCUGUUUCACAGCUGCCUUCUUUAGCUUGUCAUUCUUUACAUUCAGUCAGUCACAAAAGUAGUGACCUUAUUCCAUGUAUGGUUUUCUGGCAUUAUCUAGGGUUUUCAACACAGAACGUGGCAAAUAAUAUACCAGUCAUAAUUUCCUUUCUGAACCAGGGCAGCAGAAAACGCCCCAAUAGACACACAAAGUGCAAGAAGGCAGAAUUACAGGAACAAAUACACACAUUUUUUAAGGGGAAUUGUGAACUGGUGGAAAGUCUCACACGCCCUUGUUUUGUUAAAAGCCAAGUUGUACCCUCAUUGUGCAUUUACAGUACAUAAGUAACAUAAGUAACGGACAUUAAAUCUGCUUUUACAAAUGGUGAAAGGGUUUCAUUCUCCACGAACCCCUUGUCACCGGUUUCAUCUUUAUAGACCACUAACUGUAAGAGGCUUUCUGGUAAAGGCUUAUUUAAGUGCAUGUAAACACACUGAUUGAUCUUGUUUUUUGUCUGUCACUCUGUAUUUACAGCUUGAAACCACUAAUGCAUGUUAAGGUUGGUUAAAUAAUAGAUAUCAAAAAGCAAUUAGUGACAUGCAUGCAGAAGAAAACAGAGAAGAUGCAGAGGAGAUGAUUCAGUAGUUUUGCAGCCAUCACGAGGCCUCUAUGACUGGAUGCUUCCUAGAUGUUCAAUCACUUUGACUUUUGGAAAUAUAACAUCUCCAAACUCCAACCUGUUGUUGAACUAGACAAGCUUGGAAUAUGUGGCUGCCACUUCGUCUGGCACGUUACUAAACUUCUUGACAGAUUUAAGGUGCUGGGCAACAAUGGCAGCCGUCCUGCACCUUACAUGACUGUCCACAGUGGCAUGAGCAGUGCAGGCUCCAGCACUUGUCAGACUUGUCUAAGUUUUUCAACUGAUUUGCUCGGAUGGUGUGUUGGAGAGUUGCUAGAUCUCCUGGCAAUCAGCAGUGAGCUUGACUAGACUGCUCUGUGCAAAAUUACAGAGGCGGAUGGAAGGGUCCUGGACUUGAGUUCCCUGAGAUGGAGCCCGUCCAAAACCGUGAUUAAAGAGCAUAUGAGCACUGAUUAAUACAGUAUGAUCAUCUCCAUGAUGACAGAGGUAUUUCUAUAAUAAAUGAAUGCUGAUGAUGCCAGCCUUGAGUGAUCAUAUGUCCCUUCCUUCUGCACCAGACACCAGAAGUGCUUUUAAUUUGAAAAUCUGAAUAGUGCUCAUGUCGAUUGCCAAACAUUGGAUUUUUGCUUGGGGAAGAGCAGCGUUAGGAGUAGCUGUCACACAUAAAUGUGACUAUAGAGGCUAAACCUCAAAUAAUAGCAGCGCCUCAGGAUCCUGACCCAUUGUGCACCAUCAGGCAUCAGCACACUGCGUUUUGUGAAUUAUCUCACUUAUCAAUCCACAUGGAACUCAGAUGUUCAAUCAGGGCUUUAUGCUGGAACGCGAGGCCCUCGGGAUGUGCUUUGACAUUUAAAGGAAGCAGAGAAGUGGAAGGUCGUUCGCCUGCUUAGUAGCUCCAGUAAAUAUCCACAGUUGCUGCACCGGGCCCUUGUCAUAAUCAACGCUGUGCCUUUUGCGCUCUGCGGUCUUUGUUUUAUUAAGAUAAAUGAUAAAGCCACGGUGUGUGCGCACAGAUAUUCCUGUUUAGCCUGCGUGUGUAUUUGAAAAGACAUGCCUUGCAGCGGCGUGUAGCAGAAAGGUCAGCGAGGCAGUGGAUAAGCAAAGCCAAGCGUGUACAUUAUUACAAGUACCACAGCUUUCAUAGCUCACCGGGCCGGUACCUGUUUGCCCGGCUUCCCGGGUGCUGAGCUAGAUGCAGCAUUAGAACACAGCUCGCCACCAAAAAGAAUUGGGACAAGAAUUUUUAUGACUGGUUGAAUUGUGCCCAUCUCAGGAAAUUAAGCAAGUAUGAGGGAGGAUCUCAAGGUGUGUGUUCCAAAGCCAGGUUCUAGGUGGGAUUUGUGUAGGUUCAGCUAGAAACGUCCUGCGAGCACAAAGCCCUCGGAGCCUUUCCUCUGUAAGUCUGUCGGUUAUUUCGAGCAGCCUCCCUGAAAUGAGUCGGCACCUCAAAGCAUUUAGCUUCAAUGCACCACUGCACCUUACAUCACAUUACAGGCUGCACACAUGGUGGCCCGCUGUGUGUAGUCACAAUAAUUAAGAAAGGCAGAGCAAGUCAACAAAUGUUCUUAUUUGGCAGGCUGGAAUGUUUAUUACAAAUAACUGGGACACGUGUUUCUUUCAAUUUCAUGUGUGUGGUACAUAGAGUUCACGCUUUUGGCACCAUUAAGCUCCAGAAAAGAAGGCUUUAUGUCCCGUGGCAUUGUUCCUCAGCUCUUUCUGCUGCUCCCCAUCUGUCCAGCUAAUCACUAUGACCUUCUCCAACAUGACCAGGAAGAAACUACAAAUUACACUUGGCAUUAUGAAAAUACAUAUGAGCUGACUGCUUGUCAGAUUUGCCUCGCUGCUUGUGUUUUAUUACCUGCAGGAAAAGCAAAAAUAGCAAUCAUGCCUUUGAAAUAAGAAUAAAGCCACAGCCGUAGACAAUGAAUCAUCACAUGCACCCCUGAGCACCACAGAAUUUAACCUGAGCCUUCAAACGAUGUUGGGUCCAGCCAGAUUUUAAUACUAAAAUCUGUCUAAAUCUGUGGGGUAAUAAUUUAAAGGAUAUUGACCAUUUAUUUACAAACAGUCGAAUCAGUUCAGGCUUCACAACAACUAGCAUCCAGGUUACUAUUAUCUGUAGAAUGAGAUCUAGUAACCCAACUAACCCAAAUAACCCAAAGUAUAUUAAUAUUUGGGGUUAUUUGAAUUAGUUGGGUUAUUUCUGUGAAAUCAAUAUCAGUUUCACGUCUAAAUAUUCUGGUUGAAUUGUAAAACACACAUGCACAGAUACUUGUGGACAGAAUGCUUGCUUGCAGAUUGUUUUGUCUACAUAGUAACAUUGUGUCAGCGUAUAUUAGGACUAGAUAUGGAGUCGCAUUAGUGUUGUGUUGGUUUUAUAAAAGACCUUUUUAUCUGGUGUUCUUUGAAAAUCACUUAUACGUGAAUCUGUUUAACAAUAAAGGAUGCGUUUGAGUCCUGAGCAUGAUGCAGACAUCAUUUCAGCAUUACUGCCGUUUGGUCAUGUAAAUUUAAGCCAUGGCACAUUGGAGUUGAAUAUUCGUGCCCUGCAUGAAAUAAAUAUAGCUAUUUCAGACUGACUUGAAGAAAUCAGUGAGUGUGCUAAGAGCUGAUGAUGAUAGGCUGCCAGCACUGCUCCCUAAUUUGGACACUGACACAGGAAAGCUGAGUGCUCCUUCAAUAAGUGGGGUCCCUGCUGGCUCAACAAUUAUGUAACAAAGCUGACCAAUGAUUACUGCAUCUGUUCCAAUACCACACCACUGUGGGUUAAAGCCAGCUCCCUGUCAGGAGGCAUUGGAGGGGCAAUCAUGCACAGUGUGCCUUGUGUUGUGCAUGUCAGAAUGCAAUUUUCCCCCCACCAACCUUCCUCUGUGAUUCUGACUCCUGGCUUCACAGUCGUACACAGGGCUAUACUUAAGCUGUUAGGUGUUGUUGAUGCACUCAGCAAAUCACACAGCAAUGGAAAAAAACAUAUACUUGCCCAAGUGCAGGGACAAUUCAAGGAGGGAUUCUAUUAACAGCGGAAAUUCUCAUCGACAUUUAUUGCUCUUCCUUUAUGACUAAACAAAUUCCACCAUAUAUAUAAGCACAUCUCCAUAGAUGUCCCUGUUGAUUGUUGGUGAGCAAAGGCUCUGAAGAGAAUAAAGAAAAUCAGACUUAACAGCUUCUCUUCUGAACCAAGGAUCCAAUAUGAACGUAUUGUAUGAUAGUAAAUAAUAAAACAAUGUGGUGGUGAACAUGCUGUGUGUCCUAUAGAAUGUGCAAGAUCCAACCUACUGUAGACCUCCUUCAAGUCCUUCCUGCAUGGCCGCUAAAGGUUUCCCUGCCUCGCCUGCUACUGUUAUGUACUAAAUUCAGUAGGUUUUUCAUCCUCUUCCAGGCUCUUUAAAGAUUUUUUAUACAGCUUUGAUGUGUCUGCUACUGGUUAAUGUGCCAGAACUCUAUCGUCAUAAGCGACACCUUGAUGACAAAUAGAAUAUUAAAGCCAGUGUCCUCACAAUAAGAAGUGCCACAAGGAGAGUCACUGACAGAUCAGCAUUGCCUUUUGCUCCCUGUUCCAGUCUAAACAAAGGUGUCAUGACAGUGAGUGGCGGAGGCUGGAGAAGAGAUGUUCCAGGCGGUGUGUCAGUGCCAACUCUGCAGACCAAGAGCAAAGAAAGUUGUCCCACAAACUUUGACAGGUCCCCUGACAUUCAUGGGCGCUCGGCUCUGCUAUUGUACCUCACCGCUCACUCAGUGACUCAGAGGAUGUACUCCUAAAAGUAAAGAAGUAAACAGUCGCCAGAGGGAAUUCUGCUUUUAAAUCAGGUACGCUCAAGGUACAUUGCCCACUGAGUGGAUGAACGGUCUUAAGAGCUAAGCUGUAAGAUAGUCUCAGUCUGGGCAGGUGGAGUGUGCCUGGUUGGCCGAUAGCAUCCAGCCCCACACACACGCUUGCAAACAAGGAGAGGAUUACAGGAGAGCAGGAGACUGGGUCAGAGUGGGCUGAAAUGUGGAGCCACAUUUGAAGCCGCCAACCUGUAAUUCUCAUCUCAACUCCAAUGGAUUUGUCUUCGUUUUCUGCAGAAGUUGUUUUUUGCAUGAGCGAGACAUGAAUAAAUUUUGUCUAUUCAAAUACAAAUAUCAAAAUAUGCAUAAUAAGAAAUGUUGCUCAUAAGCUCAUAAAUAAUAGACAAAACUUCCAGGAUUGUGGUACUUAGUGUGUUUUGGAGCAACAGCUCACUGGGACCAAACGUCAGAACACCUUUUUUUUGCUUCACUCUCUAUCUGCUAUCGGAGUCACAACAUCAUGUUGCAGUAAUCUCGAUUAUGUCAUACCUCGUUAGUGUCAGCCGGGCCAGGACCAAGCUGUCACCAGCCGUUUUUCCACAGACCGCUGGAGAUGAUGGCUUUAAAGCCCCAAAGUCUCAUAACAGCACUUCCUUGAACUGUAAAAAUUCAUGUCUGCAGCAGCUGAACUGACCUAUACAGUAUGCUAAAUGCAUCAAUAGCUGCCAUGCUGUGUGUAAAUGACUUAAUCUGAUAGAGAGCAAGACCAGCAGGAUUUAAAGUGUGUUAACAUAGAUUACAAAAAACCUGCACAGCCAUUCGAUGGGAAAACAGCAGAUUAUUUAUGCAUCAGUUGUUUUUAUUCAGCAUAUAUUAGCUGCCAUACCAAAACUCCAACAUGUUCUAAUAUGUGCACAGUUCACUUCCUGAUCCAUUUGAUAUUAUAGGUUUAGAGUUGUUUUUGUGCUCAUAUUGGGCCCAGAGGAUUUUUCAAAUUACUCUCAAUUAGAUUGCCUUUUCAAAUGAAAAACCUGUUAAAAACCUUUAAAACACUGUUAAUCAUCCACAAUCCUGUGCACGUCAACACAGAUGGUGCCGUAGGCGCUAAGGCACAGCAGCACAUGUUGCAAACAGCAGUAAUUAAUAUAUGCGUUUAUAGCGUUGCUACGGUCCAUGAGGUGAGCGCAGAGGCAGAAAAAGAUGCUUAUGCAAUGAACUGGCUCUGCUCGGCUUUUUGCCUCAGAGUCGAAUCACCCCGCUGAGUGAAAGAAGAGGAUAUUAAAAAUGCACUGUCUAAUGUAUUCAUAAGAUUCAAAUGCCAAGCACGGUGAUGAAUGGUUUCUGGAUCAGUAGGCUUUACAGAAGAAGGUUUUUCAGGGUCACUAACACAUUUUCUAAUAUUGCCAAAUGAAUGCACAAAUGCCUCUCCAAGCAGUUCCUUUUAAGGCUGCCAUAACAAUUAUAGGAUUUCCUCAAUGAUAAGCCCCACAGGUAUGUUAAAAGUCUGAGGGCUGCUGCCUGCCUCUGGUCUCCUUCGUAUCAAGUCAGUCAUUAAUGACUGUCGCCGUGCUGAUCUGUGGCAGAGAGAGGGAGACGCGUUAACCUGCUCUGCUCUUCUGCUCAGAGAAACGGCGAGAGAGCGGCUGCAGCCUUUUCAUUCUGGUCUCCCCCUUCCGGGAAUCGCCAUUUAGCUCAAUGAAUGCUGGGUCUUCUGAUCUGGUGCUCUCUGUGUCAACAUAGGGCCUCGGCUCUCAGUCACCUGUGGCAGCGGCGCAGCUACGUUCGCAGAACAAACGGGGGUAAAAGGGGCAGCUCUGAUGCCUGAGCCUGUGUCACACUCUGGAGGCAGAAGGAGCAGUGCGGGAAUGUUUGUGACUAACGCUGCUUGUAUCACCAGUGUACAGCUGAAGGCUUGAUCACAUGCAUGUGACGUAUGAUGGCACACGCUGACAGGAAACAAGGGGAGAAAGAAGCAGGGCCAUGAGAUGCAACCCAGCGUGUGACGUGGUGUAGCCGUACAGCUGUCAGUGUGCUCCCUGUGAUCAGUGUCGCUCAGCUCGUACCUCAGUCUUAACUUUCUUUUCUAAAUCCUCAAUUUUGAAUCCUUUUUAGUCCUGCACAUGGAGAUGACAUAUUUCCUAAUCAUAUACUGAGGGGAAGCAUUAUUAAAUUAACAUUUACAUUUGUUCGUUCCCCUGAAAAUGGCAAAAUGUACAUUUUUAGGACUAAAGUGACUAAGCUGACUUUGUCUCCAAUCGCUUAGAAGACUAUGACGACUGUUGUGUAUCAUUAUUAGUGAAGUUAGUUAAUAAUCUGAGUUCAUGAGGAGGAUAAGCGUUUUAGAUUAAGGUUCCCAACAUUGUUACACACUGUCUCUGCACAUUCAGAAUAGAACAACGUCUGCAGUGAAUGCAGUAAAUCAGAAGAGUGCAUGUUUCAGGGAUUGUGGUAUAAAAAGAAGCUAAACUGGAUGAAGUUAACUAACUGCUUGUAGUGGAAGUUGUCUUUUUGACCGGCCUACUUUGGUGAGAACAAGACUUUGUUUCUGUGUUUUGGGUGAAUUAUGAGGGGCCAUGUCACAACAGCAGGCUUCUGAUAGGGUCUUCAGUGUUGCUGUCAUGUUCAUUAUCACUGCAAAUGCUGAUGAGACCUAAUGAGAUUUUAAUCCAGUCCGAACCAUUAGUGGCAGGUCACCUUAAAACAAUCCAGGGGCAAGCUGCAUUAGUACUGAAGAGGUCCGCUGCCACUGGGUCACUGAGCAUUCCUUGUCCAGCUAGACCCAGUGUGUCUCUUGCUGGUCGCUGUUUGGUAUCAAAGAAGGAUCUCUGCCACUUGACUUAGGGUUGAUUUAGCAAAAUGGCAACAGAUAACUACAAUCCUUCAUGUACAUGUUGUGCUGUAUCUGUAAAUUGCACAAGAUGAGCUAAUUAUCCUUUUUUGAAAGCACUUUGUGGAAACACCCAGGAAACAAAUUAACAAACAAGCGGCUUUUACCUGAGAGUUCACGUCGCUCUCAGGGCGGCUUUUCAGACUUGCUUAGACGUGUUAAUGAAUUCGCUUUGCCCCAAAGGCAACAUGAGUCACCAAGAUUUCUCCAUAUGUUUGCUCCCUUCAUAUACAGUAUAUAGUGCAAGUUUGCUGUAAGCGCAUUUACUGAAAGCAUCGUCUCCUCAGAGCGAGGAUUAGUAAUCCAAAAAGCUUGGCUUUCGAGGCCCCACUGGAGUUUUUAGGAAAAGUGCUGGUGAUUAGAAUUAAGAUGAUGAGUAUAUUGAUGUAAAGAUAAUGUAGGCUAAUGACAUAAGCAGCAAAUCCUGCAGACCUACAGUAGUGGCAGCCUCUGGUGCCAGUUAUGAAACUUGGCAAGACAUGAAAAAAGGUUUUUCAGGUGAAUUAAAAAAUAAUAAUAUAAAAAUAAAAACAUUUACAUCUGCAAAUGUACACAAAAAAAGUUACACAGUUGAUCAUCUCCUAAGCUCAGUUGGAGCUUAACGUCGGACAUCGGGAUGUCAUUCGGGCUCGAGAAAUGUGGGAGGAUGGUGACAAAGAGAGGCAAGGUAAUCCACACAGAAGGGGUCUCACUCCCAGAAGGAACAAUAGCCGACAUUGAGGACAAUUACAAGUACCUUGGAAUACCACAGGCAAACGGCAACCUUGAACAGGCAACAAGGAAUGCGGCAACAGCCAAAUACCUCCAACGAGUAAGGCAAGUCCUAAGAAGCCAGCUCAAUGGCAAGAACAAAUCCCGGGCAAUAAACAGCUACGCUCUGCCAGUGAUCAGAUACCCUGCGGGAAUAAUAAGGUGGCCAAAGGAAGAGAUACAGACCACAGAUGUUAGGACACGAAAGCUCCUCACCAUGCAUGGAGGGUUCCACCCCAAAUCCAGCACCCUGAGACUGUACGCUAGCCGCAAGGAAGGA